ACAGUUUAAUUGUUCGACUUUGAGUGAUCAACAUGACGCGCGUUCUCUUCCUGGCUUUCGCUGUGGCUCUGAUGGGGUUGGUGGGCGCCACCUCCCUGUCCAGGACCUAUCUCCCGCCGCAGGUGGUGCAGCCACAACGCACCUACUUGCCACCUGCCCCCAGAGUGGUUCAUGUCCAGCCGCAAAUCGUUCAUCGCCCCGUGAUCCAGCCCGUGGUGGUGCCUCAGCGCACCUAUCUGCCACCAGCUCCGCGGGUGGUGCCACACGUAGUGUCCAUCUUUCGCCCCGCCGCCCGACUGGUGUCACGACCAGCUCCCCAGGUGAUCCAGGUGGCUGCCCCACGUAACACCUAUCUGCCACCCCCAGUGGCUGCACCGGUCAACACCUACCUGCCGCCCCAAGUGGUGGCCCCCAGGAACACCUACCUGCCGCCCCAGUGA